GGCGACUGAUCAGCCACAAGUAUGUUAUUGUGUCGUUUAUGUGGUAUAAACCUUCAAAAUGGAAGGCUUAAAAAUAUAUUUGAAGAUUCGACAGAUCUAAAACAAAAAAUAAUAGACACAUUACCAAUUAAUAUAUCUCCAUUGGAUGGUGGUUCUAAAUUUGUAUGCAUAUCCUGUCAUGACAAAGUUAUUCUUUAUCAUAAGUUUAUUCAAGAAGUUUUAAAGUAUGAAAAAGAAUUAGAUAGCGAAGAAAGUAAUUGUUUUCAUGAGUUUACAAGAAAUGAAAAAGAACAAACAGAUAUAUUUGCCAAGAUUUGUAGUGAUACAGUAUGCCCAUGCCCAAAUUGUAAUGUCGAUUUAAUGAUAUUAUUAGUUAGUAAUCCACAAAACUGUGAUUAUAGUUUUCAAAUUUCACUAGCAAUUGUUGGUCAUACAGAGAAAAUUUAUCCUACAAAAGAGCAAAAUCUUCAAAACUUUGAAAAACCUAUAGCACUUAAUAUAAAACAAGACAAUGUAAAUUCACAAAACUGUAUCAAAUUAAAAGCAAAUAUGAAUGGAGAAAGUAGGGAAAUAAAAAACAUUAACCGUAAAAAUACAUUGGCAUAUAAUAUGACCGGUAAGGAAAAUUCUUUAAACAGGACACAGAAAGAUGUUAAAAGAAAAUUUAAAAGAAAUAUAACAUAUAAAGAAACUUCAAAUUCUGUCAAGAUUCCUAAAUUAGAAGUAAUUUAUGAACCAUAUCCUGAAUUUGUAAAUUGUAAGGAUACAAACGAAUCAGUAAAAUUAGAAUCUACUUAUAAUAAUAUUGUAUGGUUCAAUUGUAAAGAUGAUUGUAACUCUAUGACAGAUAAACAAUAUGAAAAAAUCAUUAAUAACGAUGAUAUUAAAACAGAAGACAAAGAUAAUAUAAAAUCUUGUCCAAGAAUCAUAUGCAAUUUAUGUGGUGCUCGCUAUCUUUCACAAUUAAAAUAUGAAUUUCAUAUGGAAAGACACAAAUUUGAUUGUAUGGAUAAAUAUGUAUGUAUUGUUUGUAGAAAAGAAGCAAGUAAUGAAAAUUUAUUGUGGGAUCAUUAUUAUUACACACAUAAAAACUCGCAACGUUUUGUUUGCUUGGAAUGUGAUAAGUUAUUCUCAAAAUAUGCAAGAAUAAAAGGACAUCAAAAGAAACAUAAACAUUCUGGUAUUCAAGAAAUAAAUGUUGAUAUUGGUAAUAAUGAAAUUGAUAAUAAUACAAAGAAAGAACUUGCAGUAAAAAUACAAGGAAAAACAUUUACCAACUGUAAUCUAUGUGGAAAAUUAAUUUUUGAUUUAGAUCCAGAUGCUAUUAAUGACUUGGUUACUUGUUCUUCUUGUGAAGAUUCUACUCUUUCUUUAGUUGUAGAUGGAAAUGAAGCAAAAGUAAUAUCACCCCGUCAAUAUCAUUGUUCCAAAUGUCCUAAACAUUUUGUACGUAAAGAAAGAUUGGAAUUUCACGAAAUGCGGCACAAUGAAAAUAUGAAAGAAUUUAUUUGUAGUACUUGUGGCAAAGAGUUCAGCGCAGAAAAUUCUUUAUACGAGCAUUAUCUCUUUGUUCAUAAAGGUGCAAGACCUUAUAUUUGUGAAUUAUGUGGUAAGUCGUUUCAAUUGAAAGCACGUUUACGAGAGCAUCAUCGUACUCAUACUGGUGAAAGACCUUUUCAAUGUGACGUGUGUGGACAAAAAUGUACAACUAAAAAUGCUUUAAGACUUCACAGAAAGAUACACUUUUCUCAUAACCGUUAUAUUUGUAAUAUAUGUAAUAAAUCAUUUAGGAAGAAACAAAACAUGAAUGAACAUUUAGAAAAACAUUGGAAACAUGAUAAAAAUAUAUUAUUACCACAAGUAUUUACAUGCCCUAUAUGUAUGGAGGAUUUUCCAACAUACAGAAUGUUAAAAUAUCACAUGAUAGAAACCCAUGAAAUUAGUAAUCAAGAUCCAAUUUUAAUUGAACAAAAACCAUGGUAUGAAUGUGAAGAAUGUCACGAAAAAUUUAAACAUCAAAUGUCCUUAAAAGCACACAAAGAACGAAUACACGAGGGUAAAGUAGAUCCUAUAUAUCAAUGUGAUAUUUGUAAUGCCUCUUACAGAGUAAAACAACUUUUAAUAAAUCAUAUAAGAAGUAAGCACAAUGGUGAAAAACGAUAUAAAUGUGCACAGUGUGAGAAGGGUUUCAAUGACACUAAAUCUUUGUAUAAUCACGUUCUCCUACAUACCGGUAAAAAACCAUUUGUUUGCGAAUAUUGCAAUAUGAGUUUUAGACGUAAAGACUCGAGGGAUCAUCAUCAAAGAAAACAUACAGGUGAAUUACCUUAUCAGUGUCAGGAUUGUGGAGAACAUUUUGCUACAUACAAUUAUCGAUCAAAGCAUCGUAAACAGCAUCAUGACAAAGGUGAUUUAGAAUGUCCCGAAUGUGGAGAAAAAUGUAAUGAUCAACAAGAAAUUAGAAUUCAUUUAAAUAAUCAUCUAGGUGAAAAAUUAAAGCAGUUGCAAAAUGUCUAAUAUCAUAGUAAUGUUAAAUAAAUGAUGGUUUGAUAUAAAAUAUAGUUGUUGUAUAAAUAUACAUAAUUUUACAUUAA